AUGCCUUUCUGUAGCUAUAACGCUGAUGGGCCUGGUGGGCCAAUAAGUUCACUGAAGAAUAACGGUUUCGUGGCAGCCCAAAUUCUCCAUGCCUUUUUGUCUCGAGGCUACAAUAUUCGAACUACUAUUCGGAGUCCGGAUAAAGCGGAAGCUCUAAAGAAAAGUUUCAGCAAAUAUACCAGUCAGCUUUCGUGUGUAGUUGUCGGAGAUAUCGUCGAAGAAGGAGCCUUCGAUGAGGCUGUGAAAGGUGUUGAUGGCGUGGUUCAUUCGACCUCUCCAUUUGUCUUUGACGUUAAGGAUUACGAACAUGACCUUCUCAUUCCAGCUAUAAAUAUCUUGAAAGCCGUUCAAAAUAAUGCCCCACAAGUAGAGCGUAUAAUAAUUACAUCUUCCUUCGCCACAAUCAUAGAUAUGGAUAAGGGACUUCGCCCUGGUUAUACAUAUAGCGAGAAGGACUGGAACCCCGUCACCUAUGACGUUGCAGCAAACCCCGAAACUUCUGUCGAAGUCUCCUAUUGUGCAUCAAAAGCGUUUGCCGAAAAGGCGGCAUGGGAUUUUAUUAAAGAAAACAAGCCCAACUUCAAUCUUUCAGUCGUCUGCCCUCCUAUGGUAUAUGGGCCAAAUGCGCAAAACGUCACAUCCCUCGACCAUUUAAAUACUUCUUCAGCAGAUGUUUAUCACCUCAUAAAUGGGUCUGAAAAGACAGUCCUAAACACCAAUUUCUUCGGCUUCGUCGAUGUCUGCGAUAUGGGAGAGGCUCAUGCUCGUGCCUAUGAAUCUGCCGAAGCUGCUGGUCAACAUUUUAUCAUUGCCGGUGGCACUUACACAUAUGCUCAAGUUUGCGAAGUUAUCAGGAAGCAUUUCCCAGAAUUGAAGGAUAAGACUCCUGAUCCAUCGACUGCUCCGAUCGAAAAUGCAUAUAAUUUCAGCAACGAGAAGGCUAGGAAGGAGCUUGGAAUGGAUUUUAGAAACUUGGAAACGACGAUUCACGAUCAAGUUCUGGAAUUUUUGAACUUGGAGAAGAAAUUGGUUGAAUAUUUCUUUGUGAAUAACGAUGACUAA